AUGUCCGCAGCUCUUAACAACGGCGCCUCAGUCGUGGCCUUCAUCGGGCUGUCGAUAAACACCCUCCGCGGCCUGCAUUACCUCUACGAAAUGAUUGAGAGUGUCAAAGGCGCAGCUCAAGAUCUCCAAUGUAUCUACUUCCAGCUUAGAUUUUUCCAACUGUCAUUUUCAACCUUCAAGCAGUCUCUGGAGGAUGCGGUGAAGCUAGGUGUUGUGACACCGCUUGACACACAGACGAGGCUGGCGAUUGACGACGCCGAAAAUACCAUAGUUUCAUUCCAGGAGCUUGUUCGACAAUAUGGCGAGGGUAGAGCAACUACUUUAAGUACGCGUUUGAGAGUUGCUAUGAAGAAGAGUCGACUCAGCAGUCUUUCUCGUCGCUUGGAGAAGAUCUCGGAGCAGAUCCAUGCGACGCAUUGCGGUAUCACGAUGCUUGCGCAGAAUAAUCACCACCAAAUAUGUGCAGCUAAUUCCUCGAUAUCGACAAGCAGUUGUUGCUGCUGGUCGAUAAUGGCGCAAAUCAUACACCGCAAGCUACGUUGCAAAGACUAG